AUGACAGAGGCUACCCUCCGAGAUGGCUUCCACGGCUCGACCACCACCGGUUCAUCAGGAGGAGGGACGCCAGGCUUUCUCUCCAAAAUCACCAGAUCCCCCUCAAGAAGACACAAACCUCUAGGAUCUAACGACUCCAUCGAUGCGACUCUUUCUGGCUCAGCCCCGACACCACCGCGCCCUCGUCCUCGACCAGGAUAUUCUCGAACGACCACUGCUCCCGCCGCACCUGGCACGUUGAAUCCCAUCAGGGCAGAUGUCGUCCCUCGAACCAACAGUGAUGUGAGCCAUCUCGCGACGGGCGACACCAUGCCUCCUCAUUCUGUCGCCAUCCUCACCAACGGUGUGAAUACUACACGACCGCUGCUACAGAAACAUCCCAGCAAUGGUCCCGCAAGCGCAAACAGUCAGGUCGCAGGAUUUGCGGCCGGAGAGACCGACGUACCGUCUGCUUCGGCACCCCAUGGAAUGCUUCUGAGCGCCACUGGCGCCCAUGGGAGUCCAAGCACAACCGCACUUUACACACACAUUCAAGAGUUGGCCAACAAGAGGAUCGCGACGCUGGACUAUCUACGCAAGGCGCAUGAAGGACGGACGUUCUGGUUUAAUACUGUUCGGUUCAGUGAAUCCGAUAUUGCAAAACUGCCUUCAUACACCCCCAAUCGACUUGCCAGACGAGCGGUCAACUACAUGUUACUCGGCAUGUCUAUACCGACCAUCCUCGACGUUCAUCCGCAGCCCCAUGCUCAAAGUACGGCCGCAACCAGCGCGGCAGUAGCGCAGGACUAUCUACGAAGUUUGAGUACUCUCUUGGCGGAAUUCGAGUCGUUUCAGCAGCUGCACCCGCCAGAUGGAAGUACAGCAAGUUCGUUGAGUCGGGCACGAAUCCCACAAAUGUUUAAGAGAGCCACGGCGACGUCGAGACCUCGGAAGUCCAGUGGACCGGUGACUGAUAUCGGGCUACCAAUGCUUUCGCAGACGUCCUCACCACCAACCUUUUCCGAGGCGGGACAUCAUGCAUCGCAACCCUCCAUAGACACCACCACGAGCGGAAAUACUUUUGCUUCUUCGACGAGCACCCUAGUGACACCCUCGCCGUCGGCUCCUUUACCUUCGGGUAGCUUUCCGAGCACCUCCGCCAUCCCCCUACCGGCGCCGGUAGAUGCUCCUAACUCGACUCUAUUACCCAAUGAGGGACCCUACACGCACCUCCAGACACCACCUCUCCCCUUCACACCAGAUUUCUUUACCGUGUUCGCUACGCUGUGUGAUGUGCUCAUCGAGACGUAUCAGAGGUUACUGCAGAUCUUGCCAAGUCCCGCAGCAUGCACGCCUAUCAUCAGCGACUUAUUUACGAAGGUGGACGGGCGAAUACGAAAAGUGGUGGUUUCAGCCAUCAUCCGAGAGUUCGAGACUGCCUCGAGGGAUAGUGCAAAGAAAGAAAUGAUGGGAAUACAGAAAGUUGUACUGGGAGGGUUAAUGGCAUGA